GCAAUGGCAAGACUUUAGAGUUUCGUCAUCAUUGUGAACAGUGGCAAGUCGCAACUACGGUGUCAAUGUUGUUGAUCGUACAUGAUAUUGUAUGGAGUGUCUUGUUUAGAUUUGUUUUAACUUUGUGAUUGUAUAUGCUUAAGUACCAGUAAGUUAAGUAAGUAGUUUGUUAUAAACAACUUAGUAGACUUUUACAGUUGAAACUAAAAAUGUUACAAAAGCAAGCUGUUAAAAGAUGGUUCGAUUUCCGGUCCCAUCUACGGACGAAAUGUUUCAUCAUUGGAUACUGGCAUCUGAUCGCCAGUUUAUUUAACAUCUGCAGUCACUUGAUCAUCGUUUACAUCUUAACCGGCGGUUAUCAGUGUGAAAUAAGCAAAGCGAGCCUCCGCGCUGUACAAUGGAGUUGGUUGGAGCCGGUUUUACUGAUCAUAAACUUUGGAGCCCACGGCUUUUACUCCUUCCCUCUUAUAUUCAACUAUCAUCAGACUCAGUCUAUCCAAUAUCUGCCGAUAGUAGAAAACAAUGCUCCGUGCUAUCCAGCGAUGUCACACGUAGACACGAAUGAAAUCAUGUACUUUCUAAUUAAUGUUCUGUGGCUUAAGUUUACUACGUCUUUUAUUACUGCUGUUCAUGAGAAAACUCCAGGACCGAUGGUUACGUUUUCCGCCGCGACCGCUGUUAAAGCUGUCAUCCAGUUCGUGAACUUUGGCGUUCAGUCGUCGUACAAUAACGGAUUACUGGAUAUACUAUACAAAAUUGUGGAUGUCUGCCUCAUAAUAAUGUUCCUGAUAAUAAUAAUCGAAUACACAAAAGAAUUAAAAAAGCAAAAUAAUUCUAAACUAUCACCAGCACUUGUUGAAAACCUUUUGGAUGGUUUCAAAGCACAGGCUGGGGAGAAAAUGUGAAAGCCAUUUGUAUUAGACGAGAAAACGACAUCUCUGGGAGAAAGUAAACAAAAGUUUUAAUAUAAAUG